AUGGCAGAGAAGAAGAACCUGCUUGUACUUGACACCGUGACCAGGAGACUCACCUCCAUAGUCAACCACCUUGGUGCCUCUUCUCAAUCUGAUCACCCUUCUCUUCAUCCCCACAACCAACUCCAACUUGGCCUCUGUGACUCUUCAACUUCCCGGAAUGAUAGCUACGAACGUGUUCACGGUGAUGUUCCCUCCCACGACGUCGUUUGGAGGGUCAUAGCUUCCGAUGCUGACUCCGACAAGGAGUUCACUGACAUCAUCUACGAGAAGGCUGUUGGGGAAGGCAUAGCCAAGAUUAGUAUUAAUAGGCCUGAGAGAAGGAAUGCCUUUCGACCCAAUACAGUUAAGGAACUUAUUCGUGCUUUCAAUGAUGCCAGGCAUGAUUGCUCUAUUGGGGUUGUCAUUCUUACUGGCAAGGGGACCAAGGCAUUUUGUAGUGGUGGUGACCAAGCUUUGAGGACAGCAGAUGGUUAUUCUGAUAAUGAAGAUAUUGGCAGCCUUAAUGUGUUGGACUUGCAGGUAGUGAUUCGCCGUCUUCCAAAACCAGUAAUCGCAAUGGUAGCAGGUUAUGCUGUUGGAGGAGGACAUAUAUUGCACAUGGUCUGCGAUCUAACUAUUGCAGCCGAUAAUGCCAUCUUUGGCCAAACUGGUCCUAAGGUGGGAAGCUUCGAUGCUGGUUAUGGAAGUUCCAUCAUGUCCAGAUUGGUAGGUCCAAAAAAAGCACGUGAAAUAUGGUUUCUCACUAGAUUCUAUACAGCUGAUGAAGCAGAGAAAAUGGGCCUUGUUAAUACUGUUGUGCCACUUGAGAAUCUAGAAAAAGAAACGAUAAAAUGGUGUCGGGAGAUACUCAGGAACAGCCCAACUGCACUUCGAAUUCUCAAGUCAGCGCUUAAUGCAGUGGACGAUGGGCAUGCUGGACUUCAGGAAAUGGCUGGAAAUGCAACCCUGAUAUUUUAUGGCACUGAAGAAGCUAUUGAGGGAAGGACUGCAUUUAUGCAACGCAGACGCCCUGAUUUUUCCAAGUUUCAUCGGCGACCUUGAAUUCUAAACUGAUUUGCUGUCUCUUAUCUCUUGUCCUUAAUUUAAUUGGUCUUUGGGAUACAAAGCUAUUAUCCCAAAUCAUUUACUUGUCCUGCUUGUUAAGAAGAUGAACCACUCAAAUAAAUGAGAGCAAAGAUCUCUAAUCAUUUUUUCUUAAUGCCUAUUCUUGA